GCUGGCCCCGGAAGGAGGAGGAAGCCCUGAAAAGAAAACAGCAACAAGCUGAGCUGCUGUGACGAGGGAAACAAAAUGGCGGCGCUGAGUGGGAGCCUCUGGGUCACGGCCCAGCUGGGGCUCCCGCCGCUGCUGCUUCUGACCAUGGCCCUGGCCGGAGGCUCGGGGACCGCUUCCGCUGAAGCGUUUGACUCGGUCUUAGGGGAUACGGCGUCUUGCCACCGGGCCUGUCAGCUGACCUACCCGUUGCACACCUACCCCAAGGAAGAAGAGUUGUAUGCGUGUCAGAGAGGUUGCAGGCUGUUUUCAAUUUGUCAGUUUGUGGAUGAUGGGAUUGAUUUAAAUCGGACCAAAUUGGAAUGUGAAUCUGCAUGUACAGAAGCAUAUUCCGAAUCUGAUGAGCAAUAUGCUUGCCAUCUUGGUUGCCAGAAUCAGCUGCCAUUUGCUGAAUUGAGACAAGAACAACUCAUGUCCCUGAUGCCAAAAAUGCAUUUGCUCUUCCCACUUACCCUGGUGAGGUCAUUCUGGAGUGACAUGAUGGACUCUGCACAGAGCUUCAUAACCUCUUCAUGGACUUUUUAUCUUCAAGCCGAUGAUGGAAAAAUAGUUAUAUUCCAGUCUAAGCCAGAAAUUCAGUAUGCACCACAGUUGGAGCAGGAGCCUACAAAUUUGAAAGAAUCCUCUCUAAGCAAAAUGUCCUAUCUGCAAAUGAGAAGUUCACAAACACACAGGAGCUUUCUUGAAGAUGGAGAAAGUGAUGGCUUUUUAAGAUGCCUCUCUCUCAACUCUGGCUGGAUUUUAACUACUACUCUUGUCCUCUCGGUGACGGUGUUGCUGUGGAUUUGUUGUGCAGCUGUUGCCACAGCGGUGGAGCAGUAUGUCCCCUCUGAGAAGCUGAGUAUCUAUGGUGACUUGGAAUUUAUGAAUGAACAAAAGCUAAACCAAUAUCCAGCUUCUUCUCUUGUGGUUGUUAAAUCUAAACCUGAAGAUCACGAAGAAGCAGGGCCUCUACCUACAAAAGUGAAUCUUGCUCAUUCAGAGAUUUAAGCUUUUUUUUUCAAGUGUAAUUGACACCUAAGUUUCCAUUCUUGAUAGAGCUUCUUAAAUGGUUUCAUUGGAAAUAAGGCUUAAGAAAUCACUAUAAAAUGCAAAUAAAGUUACCCAAAUCUGUAAAGACUGUAUUUGCUGUAACUUUACCUGUAUUUUUUUUCCUAGUAAUUUAAGAGAUGGAUUUUUGGGAUUGUAUUUUUAUUUUACUAAUAUGAGUAACUACUUUGUUAUUUGCAUCUUUUUUUUUUUUCUUUUCUUAACCGGAUUCUGUGAGCUGAUCAUUCUUUUGCCCACCACCUUCCAUGAUACUGUCAUUUGCCUUCGUUAAUUAACUGAGUGCUUAGUAGGGUAUAAUACUUCUGCCCAGAGAUGGCCCACAGACCUGUAAUUUGAAAUUUAGCUGGAAAUGCCCUUUAAUCACACUACGUUUUCAGUUGUAUUGAACUGAAAUCAUUAAAAUUUUAUUUGAAUAAC